CGGCUGAGGCGGCCCGGCCGCCCCUGGAGCGCCGGGAGCCGCGGCACCGCCUCAGGCUGUAGUUUAAAUGUCUGAAGAAGGAAGCGAGCCCAGGAAAGUGGAAGUUGCCCUGAGAGACUUCUCAGUGUGAUUCAGGAUGAUUGAGGAGAGUGGGAAGAGGAGGAGGACCAUGGCAGAGAAGAGGCAGCUGUUCAUGGAGAUGAGAGCCCAGAACUUCGACGUGAUCCGGCUCUCCACGUACAGAACCGCCUGCAAGCUGCGCUUCGUGCAGAAGAGGUGCAACCUUCACCUCGUUGAUAUCUGGAACAUGAUCGAAGCCUUCCGAGAUAACGGCCUUAACACGCUGGAUCACAGCACGGAGAUCAACGUGUCCCGCCUGGAAACCAUCAUCUCCUCCAUCUACUACCAGCUGAACAAGCGCCUGCCCUCCAGCCACCAGAUCAGCGUGGAGCAGAGCAUCAGCCUGCUGCUCAACUUCAUCCUGGCGGCCUACGACAGCGAGGGCCACGGGAAGCUGACAGUGUUCUCAGUGAAAGCCAUGCUGGCCACCAUGUGUGGGGGGAAGAUCCUGGACAAGCUCAGAUAUCUUUUCUCUCAGAUCUCAGAUUCCAACGGGCUGCUGGUGUUCCCCAAGUUCGAGCAGCUGCUGCGGGAGGUGCUGAAGCUGCCCACGGCCGUGUUUGAGGGGCCCUCCUUCGGCUACACGGAGCACUCGCUGCGCACCUGCUUCCCCCAGCAGAAGAAGGUGAUGCUGAACAUGUUCCUGGACACGCUGAUGGCCGACCCUCCUCCCCAGUGCCUUGUGUGGCUGCCCCUCAUGCACAGACUGGCCCACGUGGAGAAUGUCUUCCACCCCGUGGAGUGCUCCUACUGCCACUGUGAGAGCAUGAUGGGCUUCAGGUACCGCUGCCAGCAGUGCCACAACUACCAGCUGUGCCAGAACUGCUUCUGGAGGGGCCACGCCAGCGGCCCCCACAGCAACCAGCACCAGAUGAAGGAGCACUCCUCCUGGAAAUCCCCGGCCAAGAAGCUGAGCCACGCCAUCAGCCGCUCGCUGGGCUGCGUGCCCAGCCGGGACCCGCCCCGCCCGCUGUUCCCCGAGCAGCCCGAGCGGCCCCUGGACCUGGCCCACAUCGUCCCCCCCCGGCCGGUGCCCACCAUGAACGAGCCCCUGGUGCCCCAGGUGUCCUCCGGAGCGCCCACGCCCACCAAAAGGUGCCAGCGCAGCAGCAGCAGCCCCGAGCCCUGCCGGGAGGAGCACGCCCUGAUUGCCACCUUUGUGAGCCACCUGCGCAGCGGGGCACGUGCCCUGGACAGCCCUGGCCGGCUGGACGAGGAGCACCGCCUCAUCGCCCGCUACGCCGCGCGCUUGGCCGCCGAGGCCGGCAAUGCUCCCCGUCCUCCUGCAGACCUGGCGUUCAGCUUCGAUGCCAACAAGCAGCAGAGGCAGCUGAUAGCAGAGCUGGAGAACAAGAACAGGGAGAUCCUGCAGGAGAUCCAGCGGCUGCGGCUGGAGCACGAGCAGGCCUCGCAGCCCACGCCCGAGAAGGCGCAGCAGAACCCCACGCUGCUGGCCGAGCUGCGCCUGCUGCGGCAGAGGAAAGAUGAGCUGGAGCAGAGGAUGUCAGCCCUGCAGGAGAGCAGAAGAGAGCUGAUGGUGCAGCUGGAGGGGCUGAUGAAGCUGCUCAAAGAAGAAGAGCAAAAGCAGGCAGUACGAGGAGGAACCUCCGCAAUGACCUGCUGGUGGCAGCUGACUCCAUCACCAACACCAUGUCCUCGCUGGUCAAGGAGCUGCACUCAGCAGAGGAAGAAGACGAAGAAGAAACAGAGAAGCUGCAGAAUGGCAAGGACCGAGGCUAGGAGGGGCCGCAGGCUGGACAGCAGCUCAGGCUCGGAGGUUUCUCUUGCCAUCGAGGGACGUCUCCCCCUCCGAAGAGGCAGCUCCAGCCCAUCCAUCACCAUCGUGCGACCGUGACCGACCUCCACCGCCUGCCGCCGUCGCAGCUCCGCCGGGAGCAGCACCGGGAGCUGUCCCGAGGCCUCUCCGUCCGCGGCCACCGCCCCUCGGGCCGUUGCAUGUCCCCUCGGUGUGUUCCCUACCGGCGCCCAGCCCUGUCCCACCCGGCCCGGCCGCUCACGGCAGGCUUCAAAACUACAAAAAAAAAACCACCUGAAAG